UCCUGAUACAAUUUUAGUCAUUCUGAAAGAGCUGUAUGGUUCUUCCUCCUCCUUUGUAAGCCUGCAAAAACAGUUUUUUGAUCGAAAACAAAGAGAGGGAGAGUCUUUAAAGGAAUUCUCCCAUUCUUUGUGGGAAAUGAUUGAGACUAUCAAACGUGCAUAUCCAAAUAGGUUGAUGGAGCCAGAUAUUCUGGCUAGGGACCAGUUUGUGGAGUAUGUGCGGGAUAUGGCCUUGCGCCGCGAGUUAAAGAGUCUCAUAAGGCAACGUCCGGAAAUUUCUUUUUUAUCACUGCGUCAGGAGGGAAUCAGGUGGGCUGAAGAGGGUGAGAGGCCUGCAGGACAUGCUCAAGCUGGCCUACAUCAAUGUGGGGCAGAUGUAAAUUUAGGUGGAGCUUGCCAUGCUGUUGGGGCUGGACCCGAUCUGGUUUCUUUGCAAGAACUAUUUAAGAAACAGCAGUUGCAAAUUGAAAGCAUUAUAAAAGGUCUGUCUAAGAUGGAAACUGUACUUGACCAAUCUGUUUCUCGUGUCAAUAAGCCCAACUACCAGUUUACUGCAGAUGGCCAACCCAUUUGCCUCCGCUGUCGGAAGCCUGGGCAUGUCCUCCGCCAGUGUCGCCAGGGUCAGAGGCCACAAGCAUCCAGCGUACCCAGUGACCGGCCAGAAUGCAGCCCGGCUCCAGCUGCUGUAAUAUCGUCAGAACAGCAUCUGCAGCGGUUGGAGAUGGUCCUCAGCAGAUUCCAAAUGAAAGGCCUGAAGGCCAAAAUGAGCAAAUGCCACUUCUUUCAGAAAGAGGUGCAGUACCUUGGACACCGGGUGUCCAGUGAAGGAGUGGCAACUGAUCCAGACAAGAUUUCUGCCGUGGAAAACUGGAGGGUACCCCGAGAUGUGACUGAAUACAGUGACCAGGAUGUGCCUCAAGAGCAGCCGAACCAACAUGCCAACACCUCCUCAAAUAUUUCGCCUGACGUCGAGAAACCUGUGGUAGUGGCACAGCAGCAAAUCGGAGUCUUCCCAAGCAGAUCACCAGACGAUCUGGCUACACUGCAAGGUGCUGACCUCACCAUUGAAGUCUUUCUUUCAUUCUGGAAAAGAGGAAAGCCACCAAAUAUGGAAGAGAGGUUACUACUCUCAAAGGAUGUCAAGCGUCUUGUCCAGCAAUGGGAUCGCAUUCUGGAAAAAGAGGGUGUACUGUAUAGGCAGGUCACAGCCCCUCAUGGGGAAGUCUAUGCACAACUGCUUCUGCCCAUGUGCCUGCACGAAGAACUUUUAAAUAACCUCCACGACAAACAUGGACACCAGGGGGUGCGACGGACCACUGACCUGGCCAGGCAGAGAUGUUACUGGCCUGGUAUGGGGGCUGAUAUAGAGAACCACUGUCGGAGUUGCCAACGCUGUGUAUUGUCGAAAGCUGUCCAGCCUGGGGUGAAGACCUACCAGGGUACUCUGUUGGCCACCCAACCAAUGGAGAUACUGGCCAUAGAUUUCACCUUGCUGGAGCCUGCAACUGACGGUAAAGAGAAUGUGCUGGUCAUGACCGACGUGUUCUCGAAAUACACGCAGGCGGUGCCAACUAAGGACCAGACUGCUCUCACGGUAGCGAAAGUCCUAGUCGACAGCUGGUUCAACCGGUUCGGCGUACCAAAGAGAAUACACUCUGAUCAGGGGAGAAACUUUGAGAGUGCCCUCAUCCGGCAGGUUUGCCAGUUAUAUGGGAUUGAGAAGUCCAGGACUACGCCAUACCAUCCACAGGGAAAUGGCCAAUGUGAGAGAUUCAACCGGACACUUCACGACCUGCUCCGAUCUCUUCCCCCGGAGAAGAAGCGUGUAUGGCCAAAGUACAUCUCCCAGCUAGUGUGGGCAUACAACACCUCAGCACAUCGCUCGACUGGGAAUACCCCUUAUAGCUUAAUGUUUGGUGUGCCACCACGGGUCCCUGCAGAUUUUCUCUUGGGAGAAGGUACCCCAGAAGACACAACCAGCUCCUGGGAUGAGUGGGUCCAGCAGCAUCGGGAACGGCUACAAGUAGCAAGAGACUUGGCACGAAAUAACCUACAACAGGCAGCAGACUACCGACAGCAACAUCACAACCAGCAGGCACGCGAUGCAGGUUUUACAGAAGGACAGCUGGUCUACUUGAAGGAUCAUCAAUGUAAAGGUCGUCGCAAGAUCCAGGAUGUCUGGUCACCAGUUCUUUAUCUGGUGGUUAGAGUGCCCACUGAGUCUGGUGGGCCGUACACCAUUACCAGAGCUGAUGGCACUGCUGAUGUUCGGCGGGUGCAUAGGGCCGAGAUGAGGGCAGCGCAUCUUGAAAUUCUACCAUCUGCACCAAUGACACUUAACCCAUGUCUGUCGUCCAGCAACCAAGACAUCCCUGCCAGUGACUCCGGCAGUAGUGAAGAUGAAGAGAUCCUGGGUUGGAGAAGUAAAGGAAGACCGGCAUCAGCUCCCAGAAGAACAACCCGGGCUACUGCUGGAAGAAACCUAAACCCACUUAACCUUCCAAGGUCCACAGUGACUAGCAACAACGCAAUGGGUGUGGUGAGGGCGGCUGCUCCCUUGGUGCCUGAAAUGGUCAAUGACCACUUGUUUAGACCCUGGUUGUGAGUAACUUGUCGUCGGGGCGAAUGUGGGAAUCUGACGUCAUUGUCACCUGACGGUGUCACCUGAUGCGGUCACAUGUUUACACGGUGACCGGGUAAACAGGAAGCCAUAAAAAGUUUGCCGUCAGUUCAAGAAAGUCUCUCUUGGCUGCCUGUCACUGGUCUUCUCCCUCUCACAAAGGUAGGAAUAACAGUUUUAAGGUGGUUUUAUGGUCUUUUAAAUUAACUUAUGCAAGUGGCUCAUUUAGUUUGGUUUUAUUAGGGCGAGUGCAAGACGAGAUUUUGCCAUUUACGGAGGGAAACUCUCCCGACAAGCACAAGACCGGGUCUGUUAUGAGUAAUUUGCUUUUAAAUGGCGUUUUUAAACCGACGUUUUUAAUUGUGUUUUAAGGAACUUAUUUAUGUGUUUUUACAGAGCUUAAUGCACACAACCGGCCCAGCUACCUGGGAUAUUAAGUGACCAUUUCCCCGGCAGGAUUAAGCUGAGUUGGAAAUCUACUCUGUGGAAGUAUGCCUUGUUUUUAACUAUUUCAUUUUAUAUUGAGUUGGUGAAUGAGGCUGGCAACUAACAUGUUAUGUUGUUUCCUUUUCAAAAGGACCAGGCCAGCCACUGUCCUAUAGUGUUUCUUUUGUAUUUUCUUGUUCAUUUUCUUCAUGGCAUUUUCUUCGUAUUGGCAGUAUAAUCAUUGUAUUGUUUGUGUUGUAGGUUGCGCUCCUCUGCGGUGUAGGCCUGGGCCCGGGUGGAACGCUGCCUGCCUUCAGUGUAGGGACUGCACGGUGUGACACUUUAUUUUCU